CGGUGAUUUCUAUUGGUUAGUUUCCCAGACAACCGAUUUCGACGAUGUUGUUUUAUUUCUUUCCGAAAUCUCUUUGAGAACAUGGUGAAUGCUUGGGAUAUAACUAUCGUGUGGUGUACGCGCGAUCUGUCUCGAGAUACACGACCUACUGAGCUGUAAAACAUCAGAGGAAAGACAAUUGAUACAGCUAUCAAAUGUGCAUCUCUGGCUAUGGCAUCUGUUACCCGUGGCAUACUUUAUUUAUCCGUCACUUUGACGGCAGUAUUAAAUGACGUCAUCUCUUCUUAUGAGUCGUCAACGCAAGAAAAUCACAAGAACAGCGUUCUGAUACCGGACGAGCAGAGGUUGUACGAGAGGCUCAUGGAUGGUUACGAAAAAUCCGUGAGACCUGUCCGAAACUCGUCAUCCGUACUACUUGUCAAGUUUGCUCUUCAUCUUAAUCAGAUUAUUGGACUGGAUGAAAGACACCAAGUUUUGACGACCAAUGUGUUUAUUGACCAACAAUGGAUGGACGAUAAUUUGAGUUGGGACCCAGUCGAGUACAACAACAUCCGGUCUAUCCGGAUACCAGCGAGCAACGUUUGGCUCCCUGACACGUUUAUCUAUAACAACGCCGAUGGUGGUUCCACAGGCUUUAUGAAGGGCACGUACGUUCUCGUCAAUCACAACGGGACUGUACUCUGGCCUGUACCUGUCAAGCUGAAGAGCUCCUGUAAAGUCGACAUCACUUACUUCCCCUUCGACGAUCAAAUUUGCUUUCUGAAGUUCGGGUCGUGGAUCUACAGCGGAGCGUGGAUGGACUAUGAGAAAAUGUACGACGACCGGGCCAUUGAACUCUCUACGUACGUGAACAACAGCGAGUGGGACCUGCUCUCAGUCGUCUUGGAGAAAGGCUUCCGCAUGCACUCAUGCUGCGACGACACGUACCCGGAUCUUACGUACACGCUGCAAGUGCGCCGGAAGACCUUCUACUACAUCUUCAACAUCAUCGUUCCGUGUAUCAUGCUCUCCAUCCUCACACUGCUGACGUUUUGGCUGCCGCCGACUUCUGGGGAGAAGAUCACGCUAGGCCUGUCGGUGUUCUUGGCGUUCUCGAUGUUCAUGCUGCUGAUAGCGGAGGAGGUACCCGCCACAUCAGAGGCCGUUCCACUGAUCGGUAUAUAUCUAUGUGUAGUCAUGACACUCACGUCUUUGUCCGUCAUUAUGGCGGUAAUGGUUAUCAACUUGUACAACAGAGGGGCCAAAACCCGCAGAGCUCCGAAAUGGGUCCGAGUUGUUGCUCUGCAUUGGCUGUCUGUUCUUCUACGCAUGAGCCACGAUCUUCACAGACUCGUCGAAUCUAUCAAUUUGGAGAAUGACGCAGGAAUAGAUACAAGAAAGUCUUCAUUUAAACAGCGACGCCAGAACUCCAUGCGGAAGACACGAGAGACGGCGCUGUCUUCUCUACAGGAAUAUACACUGUCCCGACAGAACACGCUGCGUCGACGCCAGAGUUCAGCGGAAAACCAGGCGGAGGAGGCGCUGACGUCAGAUUUGAGACCGCUUAAUCCACCAAUACCAUCGGAACCAGAACCAGAAGUCAUUUGGCUGCGGCGUAACGAAGUUUACCCGGAAACAUCUGCUCCGAAAACGAACAGUUUUGAGCUCCACGCUUCAAACCACUUGCAUCCCAACGGAAUACAAUUGGACAUUCACAAGAAAGAGGCACACCAAUCAAAACGGAACAAGAAAACGUCUGAUUCCCAACCGAAAAUUAAGCGACCCCGUGUCUCAAACACGUGCCAUAUUGAAAAAGAUUUCUCGCCGAAAGAAGGGGAUGAAAAGAGUGAGCUGUAUUUUAGAAAACUGAUAGUUGUGGAAUGGCAGCGCCUCGCAGCGGUUGUGGACCGUUUGUUGUUUUGGUUGUAUUUCAUCGGUACCAUCGUAUCCUACCUUGUCAUACUUGUCAUUAUACCGAAUGAAAACUACGCGUUAUGGAACGCUAAGAUAAAUCAUACGCCAUAUGCAAGGUCAGACAGCAGGUACACUAUGUAACACGUGCAUGAUGAACCACUUUUCUUAACACGGUACGCCUACAAGUAAGACCCCAGUCACACCGGCGUGUCGUUUGCGCUGCGCGCGAAAAUCGUAAAUAAAGUAUACUGAACAUUGCGGUGCGCGAUGAACGAAUGCUAUAGAAAGUCGCCACAGGCUUGGCUUCUUUUGAGGCUAGUCACAUGUUUGUGUCAUCAAAUAGUAACUGCGUGUUUAUUCAAAUAGGACAUUGGAAGUAUUGUAGACGAGCAAUAAUGCAUUACAGUGUUGUACUAAAUUGUCAUGUUAAAUGCUGAACACACAUACACAUGAAGACAUUAUACAUAACCAUAAAACGUUUCGUUUGUUCUUUAUUUCGUUACGUGCAUGGAUGCCCGAGAAUACAGACGUAAAUCUA